GGCUCAGUGUUAUCGUGGCGUCCGCCGCACGUGGACCUGCCGCUCGAAAAGUACGAAGACCGAUCGGGAAAAAACCGAAUCACAGAGGACAAGCAGAAGAAGUCCCGGGGAUUUCUGGUGCAGACGACACAGAAAGCAGAUCAUUUCCCUCCCUUCAAGAAAAAGAAAAGAGAAAAAAAAAACAUAAACAAUAAUAACAAAAAUACUGAAAAUUUUCUUAAACUGAUCCCACACGAACAAUGGAGCCGUCUCCGCUGUAUGACAACAAUCACUACCACGAGGAAUGCCUGCGGUGCAACUCGUGCGGGCUGAACCUGACGGGGCCCAACCAGAAGAGGGCGAGACGUUUCAAGAACCAAAUCCUGUGCGAUCUGCACUUCGCUGACGUCGCCCUGAUGGAGUGCUCAGACUUCAUGCAGCAGCUGAGGGCCUUCAAGCCGCAAUCCUUGGGCUGCGCCGUCGCCCGUCGGAAGUCCUCCACCACCCUCAUAUUUCCGCUUCCGCCUCAGGCCUGCUCAGACGAGUUUUGCGAAGAGUUUCCGCACAACUUCACCAUCACGCCGGGAUAUUGGAUCGAGUGUUCCAGACAGAAGAUCGCCACGGACACCAUCUGGGAUGAGAGCGAGUCGGAUCACGAUCUGCCCGAAGGCGACGAGGAGGACGACGAUCAUCACCACCACAUCCACGUGGAUCAGCACGAAAACGGUCACAAGCUGUCCACAAGAGAUCUAGGAUGCAACGAUCUGUACGAAGACGAUGAGGACGAUGAUACUUCGUCACCGAGGAAGAAGACCACCAUCGAGGAGCAAUGGGAGAAGAAUCAAGGAUUCGAAUUGACGAGCGUCGAACAGGAGACGUACGAGAAGUACUUUUACGGCACCGAGCAUUGGAACUACUUCACGAACGACGAGGAUCUGGGUCCGGUCAUCCUCUCCAUCAAGCAGGAAACGCUCAACUCGAGGGAUCAGUUCCG